AUGGAAUAUCUUCGAUCAUCCCAUCGCGCACCCUUUGAAGUCUACCGUACUCCCGCUCAGGGGUGCACAAUCAGAUUGGUGCUUGGGAACAAAAGGGAGCUCGGAUAUCGUGACGGUGCUUCGUUUUCGAAAGUGCAUCCCGCUUAUGUAUGGCACUUAAAACAGAAAACGCGAUUGGCUUACGUAUGUUCACAUCAAUCACGUGAAAAUCCUUCUCCUCUUUGGAUCCAACCUUUGCUUGGAUCGUUAAAGGUUAAAAUAGUGAAGAGUACUGGCGGGAUAAUGCCAGCAAGACUAUCGUAUAACUGA